AUGAGCCCAGCACAAGGCGACCUGGCAUCUACCAACAGAAUCGGCAGCACACCAGCUCAACGCCAUGUCAUCUCCGCAGCUCAAGCACAGGGUGUCCUGAACGCUGCAGCAAAGUGCGCUGAGUCUGUCACACCACAAAAUAUCGCAAUCUGCGAUCCCUCUGGCCUCCUUGUUACGUUCCUGCGCAUGGACAACGCCUAUAUCGGCAGCAUCGACCUGAGCAUCAAGAAGGCUCGUACUACCGUACUCUUCAACGGACUGCCAAGCGGUGUUGUAUACGAUCUCGCACAGCCUGGCGCACCCUUUUAUGGCAUUCAGGAGAGUAAUGGCGGUCUGGUGGUGUUUGGCGGCAGCUUGCCUCUCUACAAGAAUGACUUCCUGCUCGGAUCCAUUGGCGUUAGCGGAGGUUCUCCCGCCCAAGAUCUUCAAGUCGCGCAGGCUGGCGUCGACUGGCUUACCAAGACUUCGGAGUAGAUCCUGCAGUCUCGUGAUGAAGGACAAUCAGAAGUAAAGGCAUGCUCUAGCACUGGCAUUUUGAGACAGCAUACCAGAAUAUCAGCAGCCGGUCUCUCUUUGCCCAGAGUAUAGCACGGCGAUGGCGAGCGGUCCUCGGGACAGUACCUAUAGUUUACAUGCACUUUCAAAAAUCCAAUCCACGAAUACGUGUUAGCAUUUUCAAGAAAGACUCUUUG